AUGUUUGCUCGUGCUGGGAGGUCCCUAUGGCCCAGAGCGGUCGCUUUGACGGCAGCCGCAACGGUUGCCGGAAUGGGUGCUGUGAAAUAUAAUGAUAGUGUUGAACAGAGGCGAAUUGCCAAUGAUGUGGCCUUGCAGUCUGCUGUGGAUACACCGAAUGUUAAAUUACCUUCAAGGGAAGAUCUGUUGUCGAAAUUGUCCAAGACAGAUCAGUUCGAUGUGCUUGUGAUAGGGGGUGGAGCUACCGGUACUGGAUGUGCUGUGGAUGCGGCUACUCGUGGUUUGAAUGUUGCAUUGGUUGAAAUGCACGAUUUUGCAUCUGGUACGUCUUCAAAGUCUACUAAGAUGGCUCACGGUGGUGUCAGAUACUUGGAAAAAGCAGUCUUCCAAUUAUCAAAGGCCCAGCUGGACCUUGUCAUUGAAGCUCUGAAUGAGAGAGGCCAUAUGUUGAAUACUGCCCCUCAUCUUUGUAAGAUUCUUCCCAUUAUGAUUCCUGUUUACACCUAUUGGCAAAUUCCUUACUUCUAUGUGGGGUGUAAGAUGUAUGACUUGUUUGCUGGUUCGCAGAAUUUGAAAAACUCUUACCUGUUGACUAAGAGACAGGCCGCUGAUAUUGCUCCAAUGUUGGACCCUACUACUUUGAAGGCAGGUCUAGUGUAUCAUGAUGGUUCUUUCAACGAUUCGCGUAUGAACACAGCUUUGGCUGUUACAGCUAUUGAAAAUGGGGCUACUGUGCUCAACUACAUGGAGGUGAAGCAAUUGAUUAAGGAUAAAGAGACUGGUAAAGUUCAAGGUGCAUUGGUCACGAACCGUGAGACUGGUGAACAGUUCACUGUUAAGGCAAAGGUUACAGUGAACGCUACAGGUCCAUACAGUGAUAAAUUGUUGCAAAUGGAUGAAAACAAAGAUGGUAAACCCGAUCCUACAAAACCUCUUCCAAAUGCAACUAUUUCCACAAAAGUGGCAGUAGAGAACCCAAAGAUGGUUGUGCCAUCAGCUGGUGUUCACAUCAUCUUGCCCUCUUUCUACUGUCCCAGAGAAAUGGGUUUGCUUGAUGUCAAAACUUCUGACGGUAGAGUCAUGUUCUUCUUGCCAUGGCAAGGUAAAGUGCUUGCAGGUACCACCGAUAUUCCUAUGAAACAAGUCCCACAAACCCCUACUGCUGCUGAAUCCGAUAUUCAGGAUAUCUUGCAAGAAUUGCAACACUACAUAAAGUUCCCCGUCAAGAGGGAAGACGUCCUGAGCGCUUGGGCUGGUAUCAGGCCAUUGGUCAUCGAUCCAAGAAAGAGCCAAGGUAAUACUGGUGGUUCCACCCAAGGUUUAGUCAGGUCCCAUCUCUGCUUCACCACUGAUAACGGUAUGGUGACGAUUGCAGGUGGUAAAUGGACUACUUACAGAGAAAUGGCCGAAGAGACGAUCAACGAAGUCGUAAAAGUGGGUAAAUUCAACGUUAAGCCAUGUAUCACUCGUAAAUUGAAAUUGAGUGGUGCAGAGAACUGGAAUCCAAAUUUAGCUGCUCUAUUGGCUCAAAAGUAUCAUCUAUCGGGAGCCAUGUCUAACCAUCUAUCGGAAAAUUAUGGUACUAGGGCACCAUUGAUCUGUGAAAUGUUCCAGGAAGACGAAAGAAAUCAACUGCCAGUGACUUUCGGUGGUAGAGAAAACGUUACGGUUUAUGGAAACGUUAACUUCGACUCGUUCCGUUACCCUUUCACCAUUGGUGAACUAAAUUACUCUGUCGAUUACGAAUACACAAGAACAGCCUUGGAUUUCCUAAUGAGAAGAACUAGAUUUGCCUUCUUGGAUGCCAGACAAGCACUGGAUGCCGUCGAAGGUACUGUCACAGUAAUGGGGGACAAACUCAAUUGGGAUUCCACUAGAAGGAAGCACGAGAUUGAGAAAUCCAAAGAGUUUAUUAGAACCUUCGGUGUUUAG